AUGCGGGCCGUCCAAAUCAGCGAAUACGUCAAGGGACCCCUGGACCUGAAAGUCUCAGACGUCCCAACACCAACACCGGCAGCGGACAAAUAUCUCAUUGAGAUCCACUCCGCCGGUACCAAUUUCUUCGACAUCCUUCAAAUCCAAGGCAAAUACCAGCACCAACCCCCUCUCCCUUGGGUCGGUGGUUCCGAGUUCGCCGGUACCGUCACCGCCGUACCUACCUCUUCAUCAUCGCCGCAGUUCAAGGUUGGAGACCGUGUUUUCGGCGCAACCCAAGGAGCCUACGCGACGCAUGUUCUCGCCCCGGAGAAAUCUCUCCUCCCCGUGCCGGCGGGCUGGACGUUCGAAGACGCGGCCGGACUUUUCGUCACGGCGCCCACAUCCUACGGCGGUCUUGUGCACCGUGCUGGUGUGAAAUCCGGGGACUGGGUACUUGUGCACGCUGCGGCGGGUGGCGUGGGUCUAGCCGCUGUGCAGAUUGCGAAGGCGAAGGGGGCAGUUGUUGUUGCGACUGCUGGGACAAAGCGGAAGAGGGAGAUUGCGAUGGAGUUUGGAGCGGAUUAUGUGGUUGAUUAUACGGAUAAGGCGUGGCCGGAGGAGGUGAAGAAGCUUUGUGCUGCUAAUAGGGAGGGCAAUGGGAAGGCGGGUGUUGAUAUUGUUUAUGAUCCUGUUGGAUUGAUUGAUGCGAGCUUGAAGUGCGUGGCGUGGAAUGCGCGGUUGUUGGUUAUUGGGUUUGCGGCGGGCAAGAUUGAGAAGGUUGCGUUGAACCGGGUGCUGUUGAAGAAUGUGAGUCUUGUGGGCUUGCAUUGGGGACCAUAUGCGCAGUUUGAGAAGGAGACUGUUAGCGUGAUUUGGAAGGGGAUUUUCGAUCUUGUUGCCAAGGGUCUGUUCCGGGGGACGGCGUUUAAGGAUGAUAGUUUUGUUGGGUUGGAGAGUGUUCCGAGGGCUUUGCAGGCGCUGGGUGGACGGGAGACUUGGGGAAAGGUGGUGGUGAAUGUGGUUGGCGAGAAGGCGAAGAGUCGAUUGUAG